AUGUCAGAGCAACAGAUUGCGUUAACCAAUUCUGCAACCCGCAGACAACAACCUGGUACAACUACCGUGGCUAAUACUGCCAAUAAUACCACUGGAGGCGUCCCAAUGUCUUCUGUUACUUCUUCUAAUCCCAACAGACAAUCCAAGAGAUACUCUGUUGCAGCUUUAUAUAUGUCUAUGGGUGGUGUGGACCGCGACGACGAUAUUGAUGACGAGCUGGCAAAAGCUCAAAAAUUUCUGCGAGAAUUAAAAUUCAGUAUUAGCGAACAAUCGAAAAAAAACUUCUUAUUAGAAAAAGAUGUACGUUAUCUUGACAGUCGUAUUGCACUCCUAAUUCAAAAUCGAAUGGGCCUCGAGGAGCAAAAUGAAGUUGCCUCAAGACUAGAACCUGAAUCAUCACCAGAAAAUAAUACCAACAAUGAAUAUUCAAAAGAUUCUGAUGAAUAUUUUCCUGAUCGAAAGAAAACUGAGCUUUACGGAAAUCUAUUUUUUUUGCUUCAAAGUGAACCUAAAAAUAUUGCUGUCUUGUGCCGCCUUGUUUCUAUGGCCGAAAUUGAUUCGCUAUUACAAACAGUUAUGUUCACUAUUUAUGGAAACCAAUAUGAACAACGUGAAGAACAUUUGCUUUUGUCUAUGUUUCAGGCCGUUCUUGCCCAUCAAUUUGAAAACGCCACUGAGUUCUCUUCCUUAUUACGAGCCAAUACCCCAGUUUCUAGAAUGAUGACUACCUACACUAGAAGACCUCCGGGACAGGCAUAUCUUCGAUCAUGUCUCUCUAAUAACUUAAACAAAAUUAUCGAUCAAAAAGACUUAAAUUUGGAGAUAAACCCACUCAAAGUUUACGACGAAUUAAUGGACAAUAAUGAAGACCCUUUUACUUCUCGACCUCAUAUUACGCCCGAUGAUGCCUUUAAGAAUCCACAGGUCCAAGCAUUUAUAAAACCAAGACUUAUUGAACUUGAUAACUUAGCAAACGAUCUUUUAAAUACACUUAUAUUAUCACUUGAUUCGGUACCUUAUGGAAUCAGAUGGAUAUGUAAGCAAAUACGACUUUUAACGAGAAGAAAAUAUCCAACAGCCUCGGAAACUGCUGUUUGCUCAUUGAUCGGUGCUUUCUUUUUUCUGCGAUUUGUUAAUCCUGCUAUUGUUACUCCACAAGCAUACAUGCUCGUUGACAAAUUCCCUUCUGAUAAUUCUCGUCGAAUAUUAACACUCAUAGCUAAAAUGCUUCAAAACCUAGCAAAUAAACCUUCAUAUUCAAAAGAACCUUACAUGAGUAACUUAGCAGAUUUUGUUUCUUCAAAUCGUGCACGCAUAAACAGAUUUUUAAAUGACCUUUGUGAAGUUCCUGAUUUUUACGAGUCUUUGGAAAUGGAUCAAUAUGUGGCCUUAUCAAAAAAAGAUCUGAAAUUACCUAUAACCCUAAACGAAAUAUUUGGAAUGCAUUCACUGUUAGAAAAAUAUCGAACAGGUGUUAUACAAAGUGAAGAUUCACAUCUUGCAAUACUUCUAGAUGAUCUUCAAAGAGCACCACCUCUAGUUCCACGAGCUAUUAAUGGAACUAUGGAGCUCCAUCUAUUUAAUCGAUGGGAAACAGAAGUUGGAGAUAUUGAUAACAACCUUGAUUUUUUACGUGCAGAUGUAAUUUUUAUGGAAGCAAAAACACUUAUGAUAAACAUUAUUCGAAGUUUUCCUACGGGACAUGUGAUUCUUCAAAAACCAUUUGAUCUCCAUAGAAUAGCUGAUUUUGCAGCAAUGAACAAUGAACCCGGAAUUGUGAAACGAGGGAUAAAGGCUCUUGAUUUGCUUAAUGAGAUAGAGGAAUCUAACCCUGAUGAUUAUGAUCUACUUGUUUCGGAAGUAGAGUAUGAACUUAAUCAGUUAGGAUCAUUAAAAGAAUCUGUUGAAAAAGAGGCAGAAUCUUUAAAAGCAGUUUAUACAAUUAUCAGAGAGCACAAUGAUUAUUUGAGAUCUCAACUUAAUACUUAUCGUUCAUAUUUGACCAAUGUUAGGCAAUAUACGGUUGGAUCAAAAAAUGACCGACCUGUUGGUGUGAGCAUUAUUAAGAAAGAUGAGAAUGCUAUCAAUAUGACAAAAAAGGUUGGGAGAGUUAAAACUAAAACGUCUAAGCAUCGAAUAAUACAAAAAAAAUUUGGAAUUCAAAACUUACAACGAGAUGGAGUUGUAAGUGACUGGAGACUUCCCCAAUCAAGAAUGGGGAAUCUAUUCCUUGAUAUUGUUUCGCCAACUCCAGGAACAUUUGUUUUAUCAUUGAUAAUGAAGGGACGCCCCCAGCCAAUUUUUAUUUUGGAUUUUAAAUUAGAUGAUUUACUUGAAAUGAGAGAUAAAGGGAUAGAAGUUUUGGAUUUGAAAUGUUUGGGGAUUAAUGUCAAAAACCUCCAGACCCUUUUAACAGAGUUUUCCAAAAAAAGAUAA